AUGAUGGAAAGCCUAGAGGGCAAUUUUGGCUAUCUGAGCUUAAGAGAUGCGUCCCAACCACUGUCUGAUCCAUCAUGCUUUUACUCAAACGACCAAGUUUUUAAGGCUUAUGGGAGUCUCCCAGCCAAUAGUCAUAGGCGAAAUGCUGCUCGAAUAUCUCGCUAUGGGAAUGGAGAAAGUGUCACACAACAGUCUAGUGGUUAUCCUGUAUUCAAUCAGUGGAAUCCUAUUCACCGAUUUGACAACAUUGGUCUUUUCGGCCCCCCACCCCUAAUCUUUGAAAGUGGAACAACAAAUCAUGGUGUUGUUCAAAAUUCAGUUAACAAACAGUAUAAUGACAAACAAAUGUGGUCUAAACCUUUGAAAAAGAGUGAAUAUGAAUUGUUUGACCAACCCAAACGUGGUCUAAACUUCCAGCUGUAUGAUAGCAUACCGGUUACUCAAUCCGGGCCUAAUUGGACUCCUGUGGAACCCAUAAAAUCAUUCAAUGAUGUUGAACUCCACCAAAUAAUCAAGGAAAAUGUGACCAGAGCUCAAUAUAUACACCCUACACCAGUACAAAAGUAUGCUUUGCCAAUUAUCGCUGCAAAACGUGACUUGAUGGCAUGUGCUCAAACAGGUUCUGGAAAAACGGCAGCUUUUUUGCUCCCGAUACUCAAUAUGCUGUUUGAAGAUAACCGCUGUGAAAAUUCAGAUGCAUCGGCACUCAGUUGUGCCGCAUGUCCUGUAGCUUUGAUCCUUGCGCCGACGAGGGAGUUGUCUUCUCAAAUUUAUGAUGAAGCCCGGAAGUUUUCAUACCGUUCCAACAUUAAGCCAUGCGUAGUCUAUGGUGGGGCUUCCAUUCUUGCUCAAAUACGGGAAUUAUCCCACGGUUGUAACCUUCUUGUUGCAACUCCUGGGCGUCUUGUCGAUAUGGUGAGCAGGGGUAAAGUGAGUCUGGAACAAAUCAGAUUUUUUGUCUUGGAUGAAGCUGAUCGAAUGCUUGAUAUGGGCUUUGAACCACAGAUUCGUCGAAUAGUCGAACAACAUGGAAUGCCACCAGCUGGGAAAAGACAAACUUUGAUGUUUUCCGCAACAUUUCCAAAAGAAAUUCAGACACUUGCGAGGGAUUUUCUGCACUCUUACAUAUUUCUGGCCGUUGGACGUGUGGGUAGUACCAAUGAGAACAUUAUUCAAGAAGUUUUGAACGUAGCUGAUAAAGAUAAACCUGAUAUGUUGGUUCGACUACUUCAAGGAAAAGAUCCGGAUGGCUUGGCCUUAGUAUUUGUUGAAACUAAACGUGGAGCUGAUGUUCUGGCUAAAUUUUUAUGUCAGUUGAAUUUUCCAGUCACAUCAAUUCAUGGUGAUCGCCCUCAGACCGAACGAGAACAUGCACUUCAAUCUUUUAGAUCUGGUCGUACUCCCAUUCUUAUUGCUACGGCAGUUGCUGCUCGAGGUUUAGACAUACCGAAUGUUAAGCAUGUGAUUAAUUUCGAUCUACCGUCAGAUAUUGAGGAGUAUGUUCAUCGCAUUGGUCGUACAGGUAGAAUGGGCCAACCAGGCUCUGCGACGUCAUUCUUUUCUGAGAAAAAUCAAAAUGUCGUAAGAGAUUUGGUUGAAUUGCUUCGUGAGUCUAAACAAACUGUACCACCGUGGCUAGAAGCACGUGUUGCUUAUCCAUCAGGACCAGCGAGUCGUCGUAAUAAAAACAUAAAUAAUAACGUUAAUAAAAAGAAUCGGGUUAAUUAUUGUUCAUUUGACUAUCGACAGUAUGGUAAUCGAAGUAUUAGUUAUGUCGGUGGGUCUUUACCAAUGAAUAACAAUACCAAUAACAAUAGUAAUUUACCGAAUGGUGGACUUGGACUACUUGGAAACUGUUCAUUGUCAUUCCCUAUUGCUAGUAAUCCUAGACAUCUGCAAAACAAUACUUACAAUCCAUUAUUUCAACCUGGUCAAAAUCAACAGUCUAAUAAAGUUUUCUGUAAAAAUAAUUCUAAUUUUGUCAAUCGAGUAAAUACGUUUACAGGAACACAUGAACAUCAGAAUAAUUCUUUAUCAGCAUCUGUUUCUUUAUUUCAUCAUCAGCCUAGACUUCAACAUCCACAACCAGCAACACUUAUGCCUGGAACUAAUCCAAAUGCUGCAGUUCAUCAGUUCUUAGCGGCAGCUGUUGCAGCUGGAAUUCAUCCUCUACCAUCUAAUGGUACAAAUAUUAAUGAUGGGAAUUUAACAACUAUGAAUAAUGGAGGUUUUCAAAAUCCACAUGUUCAUCCAACAAAUGGUGCACCAUUUGCUACACCUACCUAUCAGGCUUUCCAUCCAGCUGCUGUUUUCCCCUCAUCGAAUCAAGUUCCAUCACAAUCUGUUUCUUCUAAUGGUCGAGAUGGCUCUGGAGCUGUAGUAUUUCCACCUGCUGGUCUUUAUCAUACAGGUAAUUUGAAUGGAACUAAUACACUAAACUCAACAAGUUCGGCCAAUCACCAAACUUUACAACAGGCCCAUCCAACUACAGCACUUAUUCAGACUGGUUAUCCUGUUCAGUAUUACCCUCAAAAUCAACAACAUUUUUGUCCUGUCUCCAAUGGAAUUCAGCGUCAUUCACCUCAACAACAACAACACCAACAACAAGCUGUAGUCGCCGCUGCAAUGGCUGUUGCAGCCGCAAUGAAUAAUGGUAUUCAAUCGAAUAAUGAGAACUGUAAUGCAUAUAUAUCUCAGCAUUCUCAAAUGGAAUGCAAUAUUCCACUUGAUCCUGUCACAGCAUCUAGUCCAUCUGCACAAAUAUCUAAAGGUGGAUCUGUUAUUCAACCGGUGUUUAGAAAUGAUGGUGACUGGUGGACAUCGGCCACACCAACAUAAUUAAUUAAUAUUAUGAAGUUAGGCAUCAUUUGAUUUAAACAAUGUCAUAGUGAUUUUGUUUACAAUUAUUUACUCAUUCACAUGUUUUGAAGUGCUUACUUUAAUUAGACAUUUGACUUUUGUCACAAUGAGUGGGUCUACAGUAUACAUGCAUGCUCGCCUACAAAUAAAUUCAUUGUUAAUUGAGUACAAUUUGUCUUUAUAAUUUUAUAUAAAUUUUACUUAGUUGUUUAGCCAGUCAUUCUUACGUAACCAAUUUUCUCCCUUAUUCUAAUUACUGUCAUCAGUAAUAUAUGACUUCGGUUGUUUACUAUUUUAUCAUUAUUUCCUCAUUGUGUCUCCCUACUAGGUACUAGUUGUUCUUUAUUGUUAUGUGUUAUGUUGUCUUUUGUCCUACUAUUUUGAAUUGUAUGCAUGUGUGUUUGUUUAUGGGUACAUCCACAUUCUCUAUUCCAACAUUCACUAGCUAAUUUAAAGAGAAAACAUUUC